UCAGAUUUUCUCAUUAGCUUGCAGUGGAAGAACAAGCACGUUUGGACCCACUUGGAUUCCAAGGAAACAUCUCGCUGGAUGCUUUCCGACUGGCACUCCCUGCUACCGCGGCAAUACCAGUGCUGAUCACAUCUGGACUAUAUGGCACAUGGCAAUCACACUGGAGUGUCCGUAUUCAUCCUUCUGGGAUUCCCAGGCAGUCGGUCACUGCAAGCUGUCCUGUUCGGGAUGUUUCUGCUGAUCUACACCAUGAGCAUCGCAGGGAAUCUCAGCAUGAUCACUUUAAUCAGGAUCGAGACGCGGCUACACACUCCCAUGUAUUUUUUCCUCAGCAACUUGUCUCUUGUGGACAUCACAUACUCUUCCACUAUUGCUCCUAAGACUCUGAUGAACUUCUUCGCAGAGUGUAAAGUCAUUUCUUUUGCUGGCUGUGCCACGCAAUUUUUCUUUCACUCCCUUUCUGUGAACUCUGAGGGUUUGCUGCUGGCCGUGAUGGCAUACGAUCGCUUUGUAGCCAUUUGCAAGCCGCUGCUGUACACACUCAUUAUGUCCCAAAAGGUCUGUGUACGUCUGGUAGCAGCAUCGUAUUUCUGUGCCUCUGUAAAUGCUGUGGUGCACACAAGCUCUUUGUUCAGCCUGUCCUUCUGUGGUCCCAACAUCAUCGAUCACUUCUUCUGUGACAUCCCCCCGCUCCAGAAACUCUCCUGCUCGGAUACUCACAGGGGUGACAUUGUGCAUUUCGUCUUUGCUGCUCUAACUGCACUGAGCACUGUUCUGGUCAUCCUCGUCUCCUACAUUUCUAUCAUGCUGGCCAUCUUGCGGAUCCGCUCCAAUGAGGGCAGACGUAAAGCCUUCUCCACCUGCGCCUCUCACUUGACAGCUGUGUCCAUUCUGUACGGGGCUCUGUUUUUCAUGUACUUACGGCCCACCUCCGGCAACCCAUCAGAUUACGAUAAAGUGGUGUCUGUGUUCUAUACCUUGGUGAUCCCUUUGUUGAACCCCCUGAUCUACAGCCUGAGGAACAAGGAAGUGAAGGAUGCUCUGAGAAGGACAAUAUACCAGAAAAUUAUUCCUCACUGGAUCUAA